CCGAACGCAGCAUUUCUGUCAGGUUGUGAGUGCCUACCACAAGUGAGCGGAUCAUAAAUCGAAAUGCCCGCAGAUUUGAGCCAGUGGACCGGGGCUCUUGCCCUCCAGGAGGUGGAAGAAAAACCUGCACAGCCUCUGACGAUUAAAUACGACUCCGUGGAGAUCGACGAGCUUGGCAAAGUGCUCACCCCAACACAGGUUCAGAACCGACCUACCUGCAUCGAGUGGGCAGGAUGUGACUCCAGUAAGAUGUACACUCUGGCUCUGACCGACCCUGACGCUCCCAGCAGAAAGGACCCCAAAUUCAGGGAGUGGCAUCAUUUCUUGGUGGUCAACAUGAAAGGUAAUGAUGUGUCCUCUGGCUGUGUCAUGUCGGACUACGUGGGAUCAGGUCCUCCAAAGGGCACAGGUCUGCACCGGUAUGUGUGGCUGGUGUACGAGCAGUCGGGUAGCCUCAACUGCUCCGAGGCCGUUCUCACUAACUGCUGUGGAGAUGGUCGUGGAAAGUUCAAGAUCCAGAGCUUCAGGCAGAAGUACAAGCUGGGAACCCCGUUGGCGGGAACCUGCUACCAGGCUGAGUGGGACGACUACGUCCCCAAACUGUACGAGCAGCUGGCCGGGAAAUAAACAAACAGUCGGUAAAGAAUUAAGUACUAGGAAUUCCCGUGGAGGAAAUAGGAAAUUCCCAAGAAAGAACCCCAACGUAGAGCAUUUGUUUUGUGUUUGUGCCACUGACAAGAAUUGCUUUCCCCACUGAUGCCUACAAAAAAACCUCCUGAACACAUCUGCACUUCAAUAAAUCUGUUGCACACUAUAA